CGGCUACUUACAGAGACUGAGUGAAAAUGAACAAAGAGAGACAAAUCGAAGAUGAUGAUGAUGAUGACGACAGUGACCAGUUCGAAGCCUUUAUGGAGAAUUUUAACCAACUCGAACUGCUGGAGACACACAGGCAUUUGAUUCCUGUAGGAACUCAGAGCUGUUGGUCAGGACAGUCGGAUGAUGAGGACGAUGAGCAAGAAAGAAGUGAGGAAUGGUACGAAAUGCAGGAAAAAAAGAUGGAAAAACAUCCAGAGAAACUGCUGCUCUGGGCAGCUGAAAAUAAUCGGCUGAGCACAGUGAAGAGGCUCCUUUCCGAAAAGCUGGCUCCAGUCAACGCUCGUGAUGAAGACCAGUACACUCCUCUCCAUCGCGCCGCCUACAGUGGGCACCUGGAUGUGGCACACGAGCUGGUGGCCCAAGGGGCAGACGUUCACGCACAGACAGUGGAUGGCUGGACACCCCUGCACAGUGCCUGUAAGUGGAACAACACCAGAGUGGCCGCGUUCCUACUUCAGCAGGGUGCGGACAUCAACGCCCAGACAAAUGGUUUGCUGACACCAUUGCACAUUGCUGCAGGAAACAAGAACAGUAGGGAAACCCUUGAACUCCUGCUGAUGAAUCGCUAUGUGAAGCCAGACCUGAAGAACAACUUGGAUGAAACAGCCCUUGACAUUGCCAGGAGGACUGAUAUAUAUCAUUACCUUUUUGAAAUAGUAGAAGACUGCAUAAAUGCUGUGUGCCCCUAAAAGUUGUGGUGACGCUUGUGGAUGGGAGGUUUGCUGCCUUCUGUUUGUGUCCUGCAUGCUCAUCCCUGGUGAUCUGUCCCUUUGCAACAAGGUUUUCAUUUAACAUACUUUAGUAUUCUUCUCAGGCAAAAUAUCACUUCUUGCAGCUCUGCUUAGUGAUCUCACUCAGACUUUGGAAGCAUUUCUACUGU